AGCGUUUAGUGGUGAAAGGGAGUGAAUAGAUGUUUGAAAACUUUACACGCUGUAGUUUGGAGGGGUGCUAGGCAGCCAGAGAGUGGAUCAAAGCCCCACAAACUGCACAUACACAGAGAGCGCCACUCCGGCAUUUUAAAUUAUGACAUUUUAGUAUAUGUCUCUCCCACCUCCCCCUUCUCGCUUGUUCUUGGAAACUUACAUGAUCAGGACAGGGAAAUGCUGGACUAUUUCGAUUUAAGGGGUCAAUUUAAAUGCAUAUUUUAUUUUAUCUUGCGGACCGGCAUGAUGGAGUCCCCAGCCACAGCUCCAGAUUGUCCCAGCUGGGCUCUGUCUCCCAGGGACCCUAUUCCAGCGCCCCGCCGUUGUCUCACACCCCGUCCUCGGAUUUCCAGCCGCCUUACUUCCCACCCCCCUACCAGCCUCUUCCUUAUCACCAAAGCCAGGACCCGUACUCCCAUGUCAAUGACCCUUACUCCCUAAACCCCUUGCAUCAACCCCAGCAGCACCCUUGGGGACAAAGGCAGAGGCAAGAGGUGGGAUCAGAAGCCGGCUCUCUGCUGCCCCAGCCUCGGGCCGCCUUGCCUCAGCUCUCGGGACUGGACCCCAGGCGGGACUACCACUCAGUGAGGCGGCCAGAUGUUCUCCUUCACUCGGCACACCAUGGCCUGGAUUCCGGCAUGGGAGACAGCCUUUCUCUGCAUGGCAUCGGACACCCAGGAAUGGAGGACGUUCAGUCAGUUGAAGAUGCCAAUAACAGCGGUAUGAACUUAUUGGACCAGUCUGUCAUUAAAAAAGUUCCAGUUCCUCCAAAAUCUGUUACUUCUCUGAUGAUGAAUAAAGAUGGCUUCCUGGGUGGAAUGUCAGUCAAUACGGGAGAGGUGUUUUGCUCAGUACCUGGCCGCUUGUCCUUGCUCAGUUCCACUUCAAAGUAUAAAGUAACUGUGGGAGAAGUUCAAAGACGCCUCUCGCCCCCAGAGUGUCUGAAUGCAUCUCUCCUAGGAGGGGUACUUAGAAGAGCCAAAUCGAAAAAUGGGGGGAGAUCGUUGAGAGAGAGGCUAGAAAAAAUCGGUUUGAAUUUACCAGCCGGCAGGCGUAAGGCCGCAAAUGUCACUUUACUCACCUCCCUGGUGGAAGGGGAAGCAGUUCACUUAGCCCGGGAUUUUGGAUACAUCUGUGAAACGGAGUUUCCAGCCAAAGCCGUUUCCGAGUACCUGAACAGACAGCACACGGACCCCAGCGACCUCCACUCCAGGAAGAACAUGCUGCUGGCUACCAAGCAACUUUGUAAAGAAUUCACAGAUCUCUUGGCCCAGGACAGGACGCCCAUUGGCAACAGCAGGCCCAGCCCUAUUUUGGAACCAGGCAUUCAGAGCUGCUUGACUCACUUCAGCCUCAUCACCCAUGGCUUUGGGGCCCCAGCUAUCUGUGCUGCCCUCACAGCCCUCCAAAACUACCUGACUGAAGCUCUCAAAGGCAUGGACAAGAUGUUCUUGAACAACAACACUGCUAACAGGCACACAUCUGGGGAAGGACCAGGUAGUAAAACUGGAGACAAGGAAGAGAAACACAGAAAAUGAAAAAAGGAGAAAAAUAAAUAAAUAAAAAAAGAGAGAGAAUCUUUUAAAACAAACAAAACAGUUUUAAUUUUAGCUUUAAAAAUAUUGGAUUGGGAUUUGGAAGAAUUAUAUUAGGUAGGACAAAAAAUAAUAAUAAAAAGAAAGACAAUAACUUAAGAUCAGAGGCGCACAAUGGAGCAAGAACAGUGGCUCAAUGUCUCUUACACGGAACAUUUGAAGACAACCACCAGGAUUUUUCCACUUCUGUUCUCACCUUUUUUUAAAAUGAUUUUUUGAAGGGGGGGGGGGGAAAUAAAAUAAUAAUAAUAAAAGGAAGAAAUGAAUAACUUAUUGGAAGAAAUCAGAGAAACACUUUGGUGUCAGUGCUUUGGUUCUUGUUUGGGCUCAGAUGUACAGUCUAUCUUAUUUUUUAAAUCAAACAAUGUCCUGUGUCUACACUUGGGAAAACAAACAAAAAAAAAUCUUCCAAUAAUAUUAUCUGGGACAUUUCCACUCCUAGCAUCACCACCCCUCACUCCCAACCCUGCCCUCAUUUUAUCUUGCUCCGGAUCUAUCUAGACUAGAAAAGGGGCUGGUUUGGGUAGCAAAGGCUACAAUAUGACUUGCUAAUAGAAUUGUAAAUGUAUUAAACUGUUUCUACAUUAAUUACAGUGUCUACAUUAAUUACAGUACAUUGGGUGUUUCAAGUCAUGUUAGCUCAAUCCAGUUAACUAACUCAAUUUUUAAAAGGCACCCUCUUUUCCUGGUCUAGACAGACUCUCUCUGUUUAGAUUACCAGCAUUUACAGCUAGAUAUGUAUAAUUUGGUAUUUAGCAUUGAUGACAAAACUGCAUUGGCUCUUAGGGUGCAAAAUUUGAAAAUAAGGUCCAGUAAGAGGUUAAUGCUGUUUAAAACUCCUAAUCUUAUAUUUAAGGUAUCCUAAUUUCCUCUAAAGGGUUUAUAUUCCCAACAAUGCUAAUGUCUCUAUAUUUAAUUUGUUCUAAUAGCGUGGGUGUAUUGAGAGAGAUCUAGCAAAAAAAAAAAAAAUUUAAAAAAAGAAGUGCUAGUAACAAAAAUUGAGUAUGUAAUUCCUUCUCAGGAGUAUGCACUAUUUUAUUUUCUUCUGUUUCCCAAAGCUUUGCCCGCUUGGCUUAUGAGCUUCUUCAAAGAGGACUAGAGCUCCCUACACAAUAUAUCAGGUACAGAGAAAAAUAAUCCACAAUUCUAAUACUUUUUGUCUUCUUAAAUCAAAGCCAGUGGUUUCAGAAUUCUGCAGGUGUCCUUCUUUAAAGAAGCUCAAAGGGAAUAAUUGAAACCAGAUUAAAAAUAACUGAAAUCGAGAUGUAAUAUUGAGAAGAAGGAUACCGUUUUGUCGAAGGGUUGUUGCAAACACUUGCUUGGGCAUUAGUGUUUGAUACACAGAGUGAAAGGAGUUGCUAAAUGCAAUGGUGUGGGUGCCUGCUAGGGGAGGGGUGGGAUUUCAGGCGAAAGCCCUAAAUGACUAUCUCACUCUGAGGAAAUCUAUUUCUCUCUAGAAAGUUAUUAAGAUGUUUCUUUUUUCAGAGUAGCAGCCGUGUUAGUCUGUAUCUGCAAAAAGAAAAGGAGUACUUGUGGCACCUUAGAGACUAACAAAUGUAUUUGAGCAUCAGCUUUCCUGAGCUACAUGCAUCCUAUGAAGUGAGCUGUAGCUCAUGAAAGCUGAUGCUCAAAUAAAUUUGUUAGUCUCUAAGGUGCCACAAGUCCUCCUUUUCUUUAUGAUGUUUCUGUGACUCUUGUUUUAGAACAAAUUCAGCAGGAGGAAAAAAUAACACCGGUGUUGUGGGAUUUUUGUUUGUUUUGUUUUGCAAUAAUUGGGUGCAUUAGGUGAUGUUUUAUGACUAAUAUACAUUUUAAAAACAUGCCCUUCUAUGGCAUAUAUGGAAAAUAAUACUUAUGCUUAAGGAGAUGAAUUUCAGCUUGGAUUGUUCAGUCUUGGAGAAUUGUAUUUAUUCGGUGGGGUAGAGAGAUUCAUGCAUUAAGGAAUCCUUUCACUGGGUGAAAUCCUGGCUCCGUUCAAAUUAGUGGCAAAGCUCCCAUUGACUUCAAUGGGGCCAGGAUUUCACCCUCUGUUUCAACUUGAGAUCAGAUGCUGAAUUCAUUGAGUCUCAGGCAGGUCUGAAAUCCCAAAGAGACGAAAGUCAACCCUCUGGACGUGGUCUUUGUUUUCUAAAUAACUGCAAGGGGGGAAAUGAAUUUCGUGUAAAACUAUUGCCCCUUUCUCCAUUUCCCCAACAAUUAUUUCUUAAAACAAAUCAACGAACACGCCUUUCGCUUCCCAGACCCAUCCUCAUUUGCUUGGCUACGAAUACCAGACUUCGGAAAUACUUACAUUUGAGAUCCCCUUUGGCUUUCCUACCCUUGCUACUGUUAAUAUAGAGGAUUAUCUUCAAGAGGAGAAAUUUACCUUGCGUUUCAAACCAGCGACUUGAGCAUGCAUAAAACAAAUCCCACUGACCUUAAUUUACAGGAUAUCCCCAUUCCAGCCAAUGGGAAUAUUAACCCUGUAAAAUUUAGCCCUAAAUCAAUCCUAAUUUAAAUCUCAGGCGACAAACAUUAUUAUCCCCAUUCUACAGAAGGGGUAAACGGAGGCUCAGAAGGGGUAAGUGUCUUGUCCAAAGGCUCUCAGCAAAUCAGAGACAGGAUUAGAAUCUAGGCGUUUCCAGCUAUGGCUGAGAGGCAGAGGCAGGUCACUGCGAUCUUUGGUUCUGAUUGUUUACACAGCAUCUGAACAGCUGGGGCCAAAUCCUUCCCAGUAGUUCCCUUGAUUUCACCUGUAAGAGAAGUCAGCGGGCUUUAGCCUAUGGACAUCAUAAUUCAGCCUCCUUACAAGACAGCCUACUCACCACUUCUGUGAUGUGGGGGGAAACACUUGAGUGCAAAUUAAUCCCAAUAACAUUUCUUUCAAGGCAUGUCUCUCUUUUCUGUCAGUUAGAGACAAGUGUGUUUCUGGAAACCAGUCACCAACUAUUGCAUGCAGCAGAAGCUGGUCCACGUAAAGAGCAUUUGCAAUGUGCCAGACAGGCAUAGCUAAAAACUCUCCAACGCGCAGCAGCAGAAGUGGGCUUAUUGAACACAAAAGGCGUUGUUGUACUGAACACAAAUGGCUAUUAUUGCUUAAUAUUUAUGAAAUGGCUCCCAGAAGCCCCAAACACCACCAGGUUCCAAUCUGCACAAAUAGAUAUAAAGUUCCUGCCCCAAGGAGUCUACAGUUCAGCUUCUCUAUCUUGUAGCAUAUCUGAAAAGUGUAUGCCAUUUGCAAUUAAUCUCGGAGCAGAUACAUUAUAAACACACUAUGAGAGCCCGGUCUCUCUCUUGCUGAAAUCAAUGGUAAAACUCCCUUUGAGUUUGGUGGGAGCAGGAUCAGUCCCGUAAGAUUUGAUCCAAACCCAGUGAAGGCGACAGGAGUUUAAUUCAACAGAUUUAAACAUCUCGAUGAGGUAGAAAGAGCCAGCAACAACCUGCUCUCUCUUUUCUCGGGCAAACAACCCAUUGAUUUCAGUGGAAUAUUUCCCCGCCCCCUCAUCCCAGUAAUGAGAGAAAGCUCGUGGACAUUUCUAAAUUGCAAAAACAUGGCAUGGGUUUAAAACCUAAUUGAUUUCCCCAUAAUCUAAUAUUUGGCAACUGGUAGCAGGCGUCCAUUACUGAUUAUUAUAACUUUGUUGAACAAUCUAUCCCUCUAAACACAUAAUUCAGCCUCCUGCUCUCAAAAUAUCACGAAAGUAUAACUUAAUUGCAAGGCAUUACCCAGUCUUUUUGCACUUCCCCAGACUAGGCACCUUUGACGUUUAUCUGAUAAUUGAGUUAUUAAAAGAUUUGGUUUCCUCGGGAUCAUAAAUCAAUAAACAGGAGGAGUAACAUGGCAGCUUUGCUUUUAACUCAAGGGCAACGUUUAAGGAGAGACCUUGAAAAGUUUGUUUUCAAACCAAACAGGUGGGUUACUGUAAAUUUAAUUUCACCCUUAAACAAUUUGUUUAAUAUAUAUACAUGUGUAUCCCAUGUUGAGCAACUCAGCUCCUGUGCUGUCUGCAGCUUUUCUGAUAAGACACUUUGUUAUUAACACGAGAUAGAAAAGAAUCCAGAGUCUAGUUUAUGUCACAUAGGUCAUGUCUAGGGACCCCCCAAGGAUGGGGAGAAAACCUGGGUAUUUAACUAAUAUUGGGCCAUAUCAUGUCACCAAAAGUCUCUAUUGAACCCAAAGCUGAUAGCGCAAUAGGGUCCAUGACCAGAGAUUAGUCAGGCAAUUAAAUGUACCUGUGUAUCUAUAUAAUUACCGUCUUGUAGCUUGAACAAGUUCUAUAACAAAAUACCUUGAGCUUGUUUUUUUUUUUUAGUUCUGAAGCCCUGAAAUAUGCCCACGAAUUUGAAAACGACAGAGCUGUUAAGAUUAAAAGUUACCCUGCUAAUGUUUUCUGAAAAGCUUUUCUUAGAUUCUUAUUUUGCACCAUUUUAAUCUUUUGUUAAUUGGGGAAAAAACAACUAGCUUACUUCGAUCCAGUAAUGCGCCUUUCAGGUCCUGAAGAUCGCCAGAGCUACUGGAAAAGUAGUUUUCUGUUACCCAACAAAUUACCCCUUUUGACUUAAAGGAAACUAUUUUUUUUCUAUUUCCUUAUACCAAUCUAAAAGAAAAUAUUUUAAAAAAUACAUUUUAGAAAUAUCUGACGGUACAAAAGAGCCUAUCUCUCACAACCCCUUGUGUGCCAAAGUAUGUCUACGUGUUAUAAUUAUAAUAAUAAAAAACCCCACAAACAAAAAUAGCUAUAAAAAUGAACAUAAAAAAGUGGGAACUGAUACCACCCUCCUUUCUAUGCCAAAAUUGAUGCCUUUUUGGAUCACCUUGAAUAGUGAGAAAUAUCAGCUGAGCGACUCUUCCUAAAAAGAAAUGCGGAGAGGCAUUCAAUGUUAAGUUUGUACAUAUUUAUUUAUGCUUAAUUUAACGGGAAUGUGUAAAUAUGGCGAGCAAGUAGUUUUGAGUUAUUUAUCUGUGAAUCUAUACCUCUGUGAAUGGGUGGGGGGAUUUAAAAACAAAAAAAGAAAAAAAGAAAAAAGAGAAAAAAAAAAGAAAGAAAAAACCGCUUGACACUAGAUAGUAUCCUAUCUGAAUUUUUUUUUUCUGUUCUUUAUAGACAAGCUGUUAUGGUAAUGGGUAGAAAUUGGUUUCUUGUCCAGUGAUGACCUGAUUUACAUAAAUAAUAAGAAGAAUAAAAAUUGUUGUGUUUUGUUGUAUUUUCCUCUUCAGUUUUUUUGAAUGUUGGUGCUGCUUCAGUUCUGCAGACGGAUUUACUUAUAACGCCAAGAAGUCUUUAUUUUCCCAAUCUGGGCUUUGGGAAAAUUAGGAUAUGUCUCUACAUUAAAAAAAAUUACAAUAAAUAUUGCUUCUCAGAAA